AUGGCGAAGUUGACCUCUAUUUUACAAACGACAACAAAACACAAUAUACAAGCUAAUAACGAAGAAAUUUGACGGGUACAAGUGCUGACAAAACUACGAUUUAGAAUCCUGGAACGGACUGUCAAUUGGGUAACGGAAUAAAUCUACACGUAAAAUUCAGUUAGUCCAAAGAUGCGACAAACGAGAUCUCAGGAAAGGCUUUAAUAUCAAGGACAACAGUUACUUCGCAGUUCAUCAAUAAAGAACUGGACUGGCAUUCUUAAACUCACGUCGAAACAACAACACAAAUAUGGCUUCCCUCGCACCACGACCUGUACAUCUGCCACCUUUCCAUGGCUACGAUCUCACGGAAGGACCAAGCAUGGCUCCAAACAGGCUGGGAACGAAACCAGGGGCGUUCUAGUCAGAUGAGACAUUAUCGUAGUCCUGCACCAUCCCAGAAAGGAGCCAGUAAAAAUUCAAUUUUGCAAUGUAACAAAAUGUCAGUUAAAGCCAAACAAGUGGAUGAUAAAGCAAGACAAAUACGCCUUAAAUACGGAAAAAGUAACUUGGAAAGGGAGUUAAAUAAAAAGAAGGGCAUUGACAUGACUCCUUUUGUCACAAAAGUUCAAAUAAGAAAGACUCUUGAGCGAAACAAGGUGACAUCAGCGGGGAGGGCUGGGGCGAGAAUAGGAGUUAUGAUUGAGACACCCCGCAUGUCCGACGAUGAAACGAUUGGGGAAAAUAACAGUACAUCUAGUUUGGAAACUGUUGGCGGAAACGAGAAAGGAGAACAAGACGCCAUGUUGUCUGAUGAUAUUAUUGUAAUGCAAGGAAAGGAAGAUAAGCAACAGGAUGAUUACGUUCAAAACCUCAUCAAAUGUUUGACUCGAAGAUUAAAGGAUCCUUUCGAGGCAUCCCGAACCCACAUUCCGCCGACUCGACCAAUAGCAGCUUAUGCCCGACCCACGAAGGGAGAAAUUGCUUUAAGCGUAAAGGGUCCUGUAAUUUUGGCACCCGUUUCAAAGGUUGUCAAGACAACGGGGGAAAGAGACAGUUUAGACAGGCCAAGCCGGUUUAACACGAGGUCACUGCCCGAGUUUGCAGGCUCAAGAACUGAGAGAGCCCACACUCGCCCAAUUUCAUCGGUCAGCGAUAGCGUUGUUGUGACGGGAAGGAAACUAAAUAAUGUUAAUCGAGCAUGGCUUGGAUGUGAACACGCGCAGAACAACUCGUUUAACCCGAAGAAUCCUCUCUGUUCUUCAUGCAGAGCUGCGGGCGGCUCAAACUCGGAUACGAGGGCCACGUAUGAACGCGCCAAGAGUGCACUGCCUCGCGAGGGCAUUCGACAAAUUAAAAACGAUGGACGUCUUCCUCAGCUAGAUAUUCGGCAAACUCCCUCGCAAUCACUCAGAAAAGUCGAUAAGACUCAUAGCGCGAGCCCUAAAAGAAACCAACGAGCUCGAAACGGAAUGAUAUCUCCCUUUGAACUUCAAGUACACCUUAAUGAAUUGACUUCUUAUGAUUACGGGUCACCAGUCCCUCCGCCUUCAAUGUCUAACUCGGACGAUGAGGAGGACACUUCAUGACGGCCAAAAUACUUGAACGUGCUUCUUUUUUGUUAACCCUCUACAUGGCGACUUUUGUAACUGACUUCACUUCACCAGCAUUGUAACUCUCAGAGGCGGAAAGCGUAGAUCUAAUCCUUUCAGAAUCAGAAAUUAUACCCAAAGCAAGUGAAUGUUGGGAAAACGCUGAGAAACUCAUCAACUUCAGGGAGUUAUCCCGAUAUGACACAAAAAUCAUUUUCAACAAAAAAGGAAAAAUUCUAAUCAGAUCUUGAGAAUACGAAAUAGUUCUUACAGAUCCACAGAAAUAGUCAUUAUAGUUAAGAAAACUGAAAUGAGAAUUACUUUACAGCGUGACGAUAUGAACAGUUCAAAAGUUAAUGUGAAAAAGGAUGAGCCAUGAUACAUCUUGGGUACUCACGUUAUUAAGACCAUUUUAGUCUUAGAGAGCACGCGACUAUUUAUUGGUAUUCUCAAAUCAACUAACAACUUACUCAGUUGAAGUGCGCCGCACUAUACAAACAGUUUGUAUAAUGCAGUGAUGUUUAUAUAAAGUAUUGGACAUUGGCCAUAAAAUUGGAGAAUACUAAAGACAGAAGGCAGAAGUUCAAACUCAGGUUGGAAAUAAACUAUUGUUUGUAAUAUUUCAAUAAAGAAUA